GAUUCCUGCUUCGUGCUGGUUGUUUCCUGGUGCCGGAGCCACACAAGGAGCCCAUUCAUUCCCUUCCCUGCUGGAGAGACGGGCGGUACUGGCUGGAAACCGCACUCCAUUCAAUCUAACCUCAGUAACCUGUAGAUUUGAGGACCAAGACAAAAAUAAGAAUUUGUUCUUCAACUUGAACUUUGUUAUUAAGUGAAAAUGACAAAUGAGAAGAUCCUAGUGACAGGUGGAGCUGGUUACAUUGGUAGCCAUUGUGUGAUUGAGCUGGUCAAAGCUGGAUAUGUUCCGGUUGUGAUAGACAACUUUCAUAAUGCGAUCAAAGGUGAAGGUGGAAUUCCUGAAAGCAUUCAUCGUGUGAAUCAGAUCACGGGGACUGACAUAAUCUUCCAAGAAAUUGAUCUACUUGAUGAAUCUGCUCUAAGCAAUCUGUUUAAAGAGCACAAUUUCUCAGCUGUGAUCCAUUUUGCUGGGUUGAAGGCUGUUGGCGAGUCUGUCCAGAAGCCUCUUUUAUAUUAUAAAGUUAAUCUGACAGGAACAAUUAAACUUCUGGAGACAAUGAGAACAUAUGGUGUUAAAGACAUUGUUUUCAGUAGUUCAGCAACUGUAUAUGGAAAUCCCAGUUACCUGCCCAUCGAUGAGGCACAUCCCGUUGGCAGCUGCACUAAUUCUUAUGGAAAAACAAAAUACUUCAUUGAAGAAAUGAUUAAGGAUCUCUGCUACGCAGAAAAGGAUUGGAAUGCUGUUUUACUUCGAUAUUUCAAUCCUAUUGGGGCACAUGAAUCAGGAAAAAUAGGUGAAGAUCCCCAGGGUAUUCCCAACAAUCUGAUGCCAUAUAUUUCACAGGUUGCUAUUGGGCGUCGGCUGUACCUGAAUAUUUUUGGCAAUGACUAUGAGACAUGCGAUGGCACAGGUGUCAGGGAUUAUAUUCAUGUAGUGGAUCUUGCAAAGGGACACAUUGCUGCAUUGAAGAAGCUGAAAGAAAGAUGCAGUUGCAAGGUAUAUAACCUUGGUACUGGAACAGGUUAUUCUGUUUUACAAAUGGUAAAAGCAAUGGAGAAAGCUUCUGGGAGAGAGAUUAAAUACCAAGUUGUUCAGAGGAGAGAAGGAGACAUUGCUUCCUGUUAUGCCAAUCCAGCUCUUGCAGAGAAGGAACUUGGAUGGAAGGCACAGUCUGGGAUUGACAAGAUGUGUCAAGAUUUGUGGAAUUGGCAAUCCCAGAAUCCUUAUGGUUUCAGCAAGAAUGAAGCAUCAAAUGCACCAUGUAACAGUUGAUUGAGCUGUUUUAGAAAAAUAACAAAUUUUUAAAAAACAUUUUGUAGUAUCAAGGCUGUAGAUCACCAGUAAUAAAAUACUGAGUAGAUUCUUAAUCUGUUCUGGUGGAGGAUGGUAUGAACUUAAACAUCUACCUUUGCAUUCUAUUAAAUUUUAAAAUUGAAAAUUAAGGCUGUUUGAAACUCAAACUGAUCAACUGACUACUUUCACCAAGAACAGUUAAUGCUUUCUUGUUGACUGAAGUUUGAGCUAUUUAGACUUUUAUGAUCAUAUCUUUGGUCUUGUAACUCUAGCAAUUUCUAUAUAAUUUAAAUGUGUGUAUGUAUAUACACAUAGAACCCAUGGGCUGGAUACAGCCCUAAGUUUUGUACUUUAGAGCAAUAGCUUAGAAAUAAAUGACACUUUUGAUAAGUA